AAACAAGCAUCAGAAGAUCUCGUUAUGCUGAACUCAGGCAGUAUGCCGCUUGCCAUGCCCGUCUCUGCCAUAGUACCGGUCUGUGAACCAAUACCUCCCAUUAUCCACUUGGGUGUUUUUUAUUUUUGUCUUUGGCAUUGGUUUCCUUCUUGCUUCAUUGCUAGGAUGAUCUGCAGACUUUGCUAG